AGACUCACACACAGCCAGUACCGCGGCGAGUGACGAGGGAACACUGCGUCUCAGUGAUGCUUCACUUCGCUCUGUGAACCCAGUGCCGGACCUGUCCCUCACCUCACAGCCUCCCAGUGCAUGACUGCUGUGGCCAUGGUGGGGCGUGAGGCGUUUGUGCUGUGAGUUGUUAGCAGUCUCGCCUGAUUCUCUGCGUGAUGCGAGCCACACAUUGACGCUCCUUCUCCCAGCCAGCCUUGUAUGUGAAUGGCGAGCCACGACCAGUGAAAGUUGUGUCGAGCCACGCAGGUAGAAAGUAGCGAAACGUGUUGGGCAGCCCAGGGGGACUUGUGAUGCCAUCACUGGCGCCCGAGACACUUGUAGUGCUCCCCGCCGCUGAGUCUGAAGAUCAAUGUCUCUUUCAUCGGCACCGGGGCCUCCCGGCUUUAGUAACUGAAACUUUAAGCUGACGUGCCGUCUCGCACUAACUGAAGCUGUUUUGGCACGGAUUCAUCUGAUUCGUUCUCUCAGCAUCUCCAUCACAGUCGCGUGGCAGUGCUUCGCUGAGCAGGACGAGGAGGCACGCCUCACGACCAACGAGAACACCACCGCCGUGACUGCUGCGGGAGGGUGCGCCCGCCCGCCGCGCCUCCCCCGGGACGCGCCUGUCGGGGAGAUGGUCGAACACUUGCGGCGGCCGUCACACCACCUGAUGCCUCCGUGCUGCACAGAGCGCUGCCGCUCGUCCUGCCGCCGCCUGAUAGCCGCACUAUCUUAUCGGGCUUCACGUGUGCAGGCAAGGGGUGGUGGUCUUGGAGAAGUGUGUGCCACCAACAGUCACCUCUCACCCACACCGCCGCGACCACUGUGUGUGUCUGUUGUGCAACGUCCUCGCGCCGUCGUGUGCAGUGACAGGGUCGUUGUUGCGGGGGUGAGGCUCACGGUGAUGCGUGGAGCGUAGAGAACAGUGACGAGGAGAGAGUGUUGUGAGAGGAGAGGGGGAGGGGGAGUGCAUUAUAGUGACUACCAUUGCUGCUACACGUCGAGAGGGAUUUGUUUAUAUGUGUUUGUGGCAGGAAGCAGAGUGGAGCACAGUAGCAGUUGUGGGCUGCGGCACAGUCAGCAGUCAUUCGCCGUGACCACUGACCCAUAUUCACACACCGUCCGUCGUCGCCGCUGUAGACACCAAGUGGUACGACGGUGGUGCCGUCUCAGCCGUGCCGCCGCCGAGCCACUCCAGUGAACAGCUCUUUUGCCUGUCGCGUGGUGCUCCGCCGCUGACAGAGGAGGUGACGGGUGUCACUACACAUCAGGGGGCGUGGUGCCCUAUCCAGCUGUGCCUCAGGCAUGAGCGGCGGCAACAAGUGGGUGGGGGCGGCACUCUGCCUGCCCGCCGCCCCCUGACUGAGUGACAUGCACGGCGGCACAUCUCCGGGCGGCACUCUAUGGCUCACGCCCCAUGCGACGCACGCCCACCCACACCACCAACCUCCCCGCCACCCACAGACGACGAGGCCUUCAAACACAGUGCUCAGAAAUUUGUUAGUUACGAUCGGAGUCAAAACGUGAACAGAGAGCCAAAGUUGGGGCGUGCAUCCCCAGCUCCGGGGCAGCGACUGUACCCGUCGUGGCCCGCCCUCGCCGAUAUACAUUUUAUUGAUAGUUCAUCAGGCUCGGAGGAGGACGGGAGUGAGUGUGGGCGCCGGAGGAGAGGCGAGGGCGCGUGCGAGGGCGGCCAGGAGGCUGGCGGGGAAGAUGUGGUAUUGAUCCAUGACGAAGUGUGCGCAGCGGAGAAGGGAAGCACCAGUGCUACGGUGGGAGGUGGCGAGCACGCAGCAGCGUCGCGCCGCUCCUGCUGCCAUGACGGAGGCCGGGCAGCUGUGGUCAGCGCAGGAGGCAGCGGUGUUUGUAUGAUGAAACAUAAGGGCGGGCCCUUGGUGACUGCCCAGGACCACGGUGACCACGACAAGCCCCAUGCCUCCAUGGCAGCCUCCGACGCCGCCCUUCAGCAGCAGCCCUCAGGCUCGACCACUACUAUGGUCACCUCCACCGGCGGCGGCGGCGGCGGCGGCGCCCCCCUGCGAUCCGCCUUGAAACGGGCGGGACAGAAGAGCCGAGGACACCGCGUCUGUAUUAAUGAAGCGAAAAACGAGUGUUUAGAGGCCGACUAUGUGAUUGUUGUGCACGAGGAAAGUGAACCUCAACUGGUGUCCAUCAGGGCGUUUGACCUGAGCCUGGCGCCCGCUGCCCCUGGCGUGGAGCAGCUCACGCUCUCCCCGCCCGAGGGCUACAAGGACUGCUUCACCCACGCCGUCCACGAGACCAUCGUCGAUGACUCAGAGACUGACGCUGGCGGGGACGGCCUGGUGGAGGCGGACGCGCCGCGGCCACACCUCCCAGACCUGGUGACGCACCGCUCGCCACCCACACAGCUGACGGUGGAGAACGUGCGCCACCAUGACCAGUUGAUGCAGGGCAGGGAGCAGGACCCCUCGGACCCCAAGGUGGCCAAGACGGGCAUCCUGAAGGGCGGGAAGCUGUGGAAGAACGGUGACGGCAGGAAGACCAAAGUGAGGGUGGAGGAGGAGGAGGCGGAGGAGCCGCGUCGCUCAGUGAGGUUCUCCGGGCGGGACGAGUACAGCCUGCUGGAGAGUCUGCCGCUUGACAAGAUCCCGCUGGACGCAGCCAACUCUGCGGCGCUGGCCAGGUUCAUGCCCAAGCUGCGGGAGCUAGGCGUUCUGCUUGGCGAGCCGCGCCACGACUGGCAUCUCGAGCUGAGCCCCAUCAAGCCCGAGGCGGAGGGCGGUGCCGGGGCGGCCGAGCAGGAAGGUCUGCCGGAAGAUAAAGAGAAACAGCCUCCGCCACAGAUGGAUGACGAGCAGAUCAAGGAGUCGAUGCAGCGCUACGACGAAAUGCGGCGCCGCAUUGCUGCCGCCGAGGGACGCGACAACACCAGCGUCUGCAGCGACGAGUCAAAGAGUUCUUCUGACUCUCAGUCCUCAGACUCCACCAUGACGGAGACGAGGAUCAGGCGGCUGGAGAACGCUGACGUCGCCCACGUGGCGGGAGGCGUCAUGAGGACCAACAGCGAGGUGCGUCGAGCGAUUGAACGCAAUGCCCUGCGGCGAUCCCUCAUCCGCUUCUCGGAGGCUCGCAAGAAAGACACCAACAAGAACGAUAAGAAUGACAAAGGAGAGACUUCCCUCCUGGAGAAGCUCAAGUGGCUCACUGCCUCGGAGGACGCGACCAACGGCAACUCCGAGCAGAAGGAGGAGGGGAUGGAGGAGCCGAACGAUGAGGAGGACGAUGGGAGCCAGGACCUGUCAAAGUCCAUGGACCCCAAAGUACAAGAGACAAUAGCACAAUAUCGCAAACUUGCCGAGAUGUUCAAUAAGACCACGUCACUGCGAGCCACCGACAUCCUGGUGCCUGGAGACGUGCGGGAGUGGAAGCUCAAAGCCGACCUUUUCCCCAGCCAGGCGAGGGCGGUGCUGGAGGCGGAGGAAGAGGAGGUUCCUGAGCCUCACUCAGGGUCGACGACCCCGACAGUGUACCAAGGCAUCAUCCCCGCCGUGUCCCUCGCCGACCUCAUGACCGACGAAGAGACCGACAAACUGAUCUACAGCGGCGGCGUCAGGUACACACGGGAGGGAACACUGCCCCUCGAGGCCCAGGGGGAGGGGGAGGAGGCGGAGGGUGAGCAGCAGGUUCCGCCGCCAACAACGUCCACUGCGGAGGCCAGGAAGCAGUUCCUCUCCCAGAUGGCAAGCCAGGCAGGGACGCCUCAUGUGAGCGCCAAUGGUGUCACAACUCUCCCUGGCGACCGCUCCUCACUUGCCUCCAACUCUGAUUCUUAUACUUUCGAAGACAUCGACGAGGCCCUUCACGACGACCGGUCCUCGUCCGUGCCAUCCUCGUCACAGUCUUCCCCGCGGUUGUCCGGCAAGAGUGACGUGGACGGGGCGAGCACUACCGAGAGCGGCUACAGCAGCAACGAGACCAACGGGGAGCUGCAGCUGCCCAUCAACGGUCUGCAGGCGCUGCCCAUCGGCGGGGUGGACAUAGACGAGCUGGCAGAGUUUGUGCGCCAAGACGCGGGCCGCAUGGAGCGUCUCCGCAGACGUUACGACGCAGGGGAGCUGGAGGAUCAUGGCUUCUCCCGACGACCCUCGGUGCGGGGUAUCAAGCCUCGCUUUGGGUCCACCACAGACCUCCUGAAGCAGAUGGCGACUCAAUUGGCACCACCAACCAUGGCCCAGCCUGGAAUGGCCGGCUCCCACAUGACCUGGCCCUAUCGAGAUGUUGGAGACGAAGACUCCCAGCCCGCCCAGCGGCGCCGAGCAUCCCAGAACAGGGUGGUGCUGCCAGCGCUGCAGGAGGACAUCUUGUACACCCCCACGUCAGACCUAUCGCCUCAGGGGGUGCCGCCCCCGCCUUCCUCCUCGACUGCGCCUCCGGCCAUAACUCUCACGCACACCAAGGCGCCUCGGGUGGUGCACGUGUACGCCAGCACGGGCGACCUCAGGGCUCCCCCUCCACCCCGGUUGUCUGGCCCACGAGAGUCUCCUCCACCUGAUUUGAUUCGUCCAGGUGGAGCCCCAGUGCCCAUGCGGGCCCUCACCCACUCCUUGUCCCAACCGCUGCCGGACACCUCGGGCCACGGCCUCAUGAUGGUGCCGCAGAUGCCCACCCCGGCGCUCACAGACCCCCACAUGGCCUCGUGCAGGCGACCCGCGUCCGUGCACGGCCACCUCCCUCCCGACUCCCUGGUAAUGCGAGGCGUGCCCCCGCCGCCCUCCGCGCGCCCCCACUCCUCGCUGUCCCACUACCCUAACCCCAGAGUGCCGGUACACUACCACUCUUACGAGGACCCGCCGCAGGCACGCCCCCCUUACGAGGGGUCGCACCCGCCCCUGACCCAGCGAGGCUCCUAUCCAGGCACCAUCCCCGCGCCCCUCGGGGUCCACUACCAGCCCCAGCUCGUGCCGCCUGAUGCCAUCGGGUUCCCUCAGCCUCCGCCCUUCGGCUCCCAACACUCGCACUCGCGGCCACCACCGCCAGUCUCGUCUCGGGACGGGCCUCCCUACACACGCACACUCCACUCCCAGGUGCACCCGGGGCCACAGACGUCCUCCAUGGUGGCCAACCCCAGCCAGCCGCACCAGUGUGGCCCCAGACAGGUGCGGGUAGCGGGAGGGGCGGCAGAUCAGGCGUGCUCGCCCGCGUGGUCCCACCAGCAGCCCCACACCCACCAGACCUUCGCGCCGCCCUACCCUGUCUCUAGUCACCUCAGUUACACAACACCCAUCGUGCCCGAGAGUGUCAUGACCUCCCGCCCCUCGGGGCCGCCUGUCGGGGCACCCAUGGGAGCUCCCAUGAGACCCAUCGGACCCUUAAUCGGUCCCCCGAUAGGGCCACCGAUCAUGAAUGGCGGCGUCAGCAAACUAGAGGGAUUGCGGGACGAGCGAGGGGUGCCCGAGGGAGCCUCCUCCUCCCCGAGGGGGCCGCUGGACCCCCAGUAUCCUCAGCACAGCUCCCCGACCCGAGACACCAGCAUCCUGCACCGCCAUCCGCCGCCGCCCCUCAACAUGACGUGAGUGGCCUCCCCCCCCACCGGUGCCAGGUGUGCCAGGUGUGCCAGGCAGGGCCGCAGCAGCUCGGCGCUGGACACACCUGGUGAGGAACCUCAGUCGUGCAUCGCGACCCUGAAGGUUGCCAGUUGGUGUGUCCUGUCCAGGCCGGCGCUGCGUCGCGGCGGCGGUGUCUCACGGGGCAUCGCCGCGGAUGGAAAAAGAAGUGUUCGUUCACGCAUUGAAGCUGUCGAGGAGAGACUGGCGGUGCCGGCGAGGCUCCCGCCCUGUCUUCCGGGCUCCCGCGACACCCGUGCUGUCGCCAAGCUGCUCACCACCAGAUGUUGCCAAAACUUGCCGCGCCACGCAGCCAGCACACUCCUCCUCACGCCGAGGGUCGAGACAAUCUACAAUGAUUUUCCUUAUUAUAGUUCAAGUAAUAAUCUAAUUAAUGUACCUAACAUGGUUUUACUGGUGUGUCUGUGACAAUACGUAGGUGUAUUUUACAGUUGAUGUGAGUGAAGAGUUUUUAUAGAAAACUGUAAAGUGCUGCCCGGACCCUCACCGGGGAAGGGAAUAUUUUUAUCGUAGUUCUCGUGACUUGGACGUUCUCGCGGGAUGGUUCCAGGUGCGGGGCGCGGCUCGCUGCCCCCACCGCUGUCGUAUGAUGGACCAAGUUUCCGUGUGCGUGUGUGCGUUUGUGUGUGUGUGUGUGUGUGUGUGUGUGUGUGUGUGUGUGUGUGUGUGUGUGUGUGUGUGUGUGUGUGUGUGUGUGUGCGUGCGCAUGCAAGUUCAAUAGUUAGAAGAUACGAUAAAAAAGACAAAAUACUUGGGUUUUAAGGCGCCUCUUCUCGAAUUCACUCCACCACCAUAACUUUUGAGUUCGAUUUUGAGUCUUACUUAAUUCCCAGUCAGUCACGAAGGAAAGGAAUAAAUAAGAUAGAUAAAAUAAAUAAAUAACCCGGAGUCUGAGAGUGGACGGGAGUGGAGCAUUACGUAUAUACAUAUAUAUAAGAAAAACCAAUAACAAUACAUACACACAUAUAUAAGAGAGUUUCGUGCUAAGUAUUAAGCAAGAUGUAUUCAUAAAUAUAUUACGUUUCGCUGGUGCAAUUAUCCGUCAUAUUUUCGCAGCAGAAUAUGUCGUGAUGAUAUUAAUUUGCGUCGUUCUUCAUUUGUUUUGCUCCUUAAAGGGUUUGCUGAGCAGUGUGUUAAGUGUCUUCCAGGGAUAGGUUGGCUCAAUAAUGUGCGAGGGAGAGGGAGAGGAGGAGAAGGAGGAGGAGGAUUGGAAGCCGGAGGGAGAGAGGGAGAGGAGGGAAGGAAAGAGAGUAUGUGUGGAAGCGAAAGUGGAGAGAAAAUGAGGCGAGAGAAAUGGGAAACUGGAGAGAAACUGGAGGAGAUAAAUGAGUCUGAGAGAGAGAGAGAGAGAGAGAGAGAGAGAGAGAGAGAGAGAGAGAGAGAGAGAGAGAGAGAGAGAGAGAGAGAGAGAGAGAGAGAGAGAGUUGUCACAAUAAUGGAGGGAUUAUUUUUUAUCUUUCUUUUCCUUUACACACACACACACAUACACACACACACACACACACACACACACACACACACACACACACACACACACACACACACACACACACACACACACACACACACACACACACCUUCCUCAGGCAACACUCCUUCCAUUACCUGAUACCUUUCCUCAUUAGGUACUCUCCCUCACUUGACAUCUCUCCACACCUUUCAUUCCUAUCCUUUCUCUCUCCCUCCAUACAUACCUUCCCUCCCCCCAGUCCCUCACUCCCCCCUUGGCUCUCCCUCGCCUUGUGUCAGGGGAUAGCUUGAGAUGUCACCGUAUUUUCCGCGUCAAGUAAAUAGGGUUGUAUCAUCUCAGGCACCGCAGGUUGAGGGGAACAGAGGAUGAAAAAUUGAUACUCUUUGUGUGACUAAUCUGUUGAACCCUCAGGGACGCUUCCAGAAACUUAAACAAAAGAAGUACUGUUGGAUUAAAAGUUAAUGCUUUUCCCCAUGUCAAAAUAGUUCUAUGAAACGUUCAAAAGAUAGGAUUCUUGGAUUUGUCGCUCGCAUUGGAAUGUGUAGAAUGUUAUCGUGUCGAAUGGUGGUCCUCGCGCAGCCUGAGGCCAUCACCUAACGAGGUUACAACUUGCGGAUGCUUAAUAAUUGGCGUGAUUCUGAAGCGAUUGUCGCCGAGGCUGGGGAGACGAGACUCGCGUGUGAGGCGGCCGACGGGAGGCAGUAUUACGAGUGUGUCGUGUUCAGUGUGGUGGUGACACUUUGCAGUAUUAGAUAAAUGUACACUGGCUUAGCUGGGGGAGCAUUGCAGCCUCGCUCUUCGCGGCACGCAGGACAAGGGGGGGGACCUCACGCCGCUCUGGUCCUGCUGCCCUGCGGAGCGAGAGCUGGGGACAUUUUUUUCCGUUUUAUUCUGAAAAGUGUUGGUGCAUGCCAUUGGUGUGGAUGUCAUGAAAGUGUUGUGCAGGCCGGUCGGUGCCGCCUUGAUGGCAUCGUGUUGCCAUGGCUGCCACGGCCCCUUCUGCUGGCUUCCCGCGCCACUCAUGCACGCGCUCACCCUGCCUCAUUCCAACUUCGCAGCUUCAUAUGUAUUGAACGAAUUUUUGCAUUUUGGAUACAUAAUCAAAAAUAACCAAAGAUUAGGUUUAGGCGAAAUGCUGCUCGGAGGUGCUCAUGCGCAGGCGUGCUGCUGCUACAGCACAGCGUGGGCCAUCCCAGGCACAUGUGCUGCACUCCGCACCCUCCCCCCACCCACCCACUGGACACUCGUUCAGGGUUUGCAAUAUGUCACUGUCCGCGCACAACUUAUUUCUUACGCUCUUUUAAUCAAGAUCCCUUACUUUUUACGUCUAUCGAUUUUCUCUUGCUUACGUCACCGCCGCUUCAGUGCAGCCGAGGCAGCCACCGGCCGCUCGUGUGUGCCGCGGCGCGACCCGCUGGCCGCGUCUGGAGUAACUGUCCCGGAAGGGGAAGGAGACGGGUCCGAGGCAGUAGGAGUGGCAAGCCGAAGGACAGAAGUGAUAUAGUGAAGUGACAUCUAAACCACUGCUGCUCCUAUGAUCAAUAUUCACUUUUGUCAGAGAAAACUCCAUACAAAUUCCAAUGCUACGCUCCAUCAAGUGGUAAAAAUACGCACCAGUCUCCAAUUUAAGAGAAAACUCAAUGUAUUUUUACCAGUCACCUUGAUGAUGCUGAAAUCGAGACUUUUUCCAUCUUGAUUUUGAUUUCGUUGUCUAACCAAGAACCAGGGCGAGAGAAGGUUUGACCUCAGUAUUAGAAAAGCUGGAGCUCUUCCAAGCUGGCACAUUGUUUGUUGUUUCAAGGCACUAAGAAGGGUGUUAAUAAUCAUGUGAUGUCUGUAACCAAUCAAAUGAGGAAGGCGUUGGCGCGGGUGUUGGUGGCUGUGGUGUCCUGAGCCGCGUGUCACGUCAGACAGCGCGAGGCGCCGCCGCCCACCACCGCCGCGCCGCCACGCCGACGUACCCUAAAAGUCAGUGAGAGUAGUGACCCUGGAAGUAGGGAGUAUUUUGAGCUAAUUAGGUGACACUGAAACGACUCGAGGAUCAGCUCAUAUUAUUUGCUGUAAUCAAAAUAUUCCUACUGAUAUGAUAUACGACUACUGAACCAUCAAGCGGCGGGGUUCCGCUGUGUGGCCUUGACACCGCCGGCGGCGACCUGUAUGGCCCGCGAGUAGCAGCGAGGCGCCGCGCCGGCGACCCACGGCGGUGUACUACAGCCUGACCAUCAUGUUGCCAUUAUAUUGUUACAAAGCAUGAUUUUUAUGAGUUUUAUUAAUAUGUUGUUAAGAUAUAGGAAGAAUGUUCUAUAUUUCGGGAAAAAAUGUACCGCGAAUGUUGCUAAAUGAGUGCUUGAGUGUGGCGGCUGGCGGGAGGCGGCUCCCCCAGCGCGGGUCAUGGCGAUGUCAUGCCAAAGAUGUAUUAUAGAUAGAGAUUAUAUACACUACAUAAAGACAUUUUAGCCUCCAUGGACGCUUUCUGUAACAUGUUAUCCUUACUUUACACCUCAGCGGCGGGCAGCGGCGACCCGGCGGGGCGGCAGGACCCGCGCCUGGCGCCGCCCCGCCGGGCCGCCGCCGCUCGCCGCCGCUUACCUCUCGGUAGACUAGGGACCGUCUUCGUCGAAGCCUCAUGUUACUGCGGACAUAUGACGACAUAUUUUUCUCAGACCAUAUUACUUUACCUCGUGUCCAGCAGCAGAGGCAGCCGGUGGGGAACGCUCACUGUCUGCCUCCAGGGGCGCCGCCCCCUCUUCUUGUUCCGUUGUUACGCUCUGUCUGUUGACCAAUUCUGUCAUGGAAUGUACACAGGUUGUAAAUAUACAAUGUAAUUUUGUUGUAAGUAGAAAGUAACACAUUUUUAUCAUGUGUUGUACAAAUGUACAAUCUUUCAAUUAAAAUAAAACCUUCUGCCAGGACUACUACAGAA